AUGUCAUGAAUUAAUACAUAUACCUAUUUAUUUAUCAGCGCAAUUAACAUUCGUUAUCCUAUCCAACUUUCGCAUGAUUUAUUUAAAGAUUUAUUACUGUGUUUGAGAGUUGUUUGAAUUUUGAAUCGAACAAAACAAUAAACCAAAACGUAUUUCAAGAACAUCAGUAUUGUUUUGCUUGUCAGUGUCAGUCAAGAAGACAACAAAAAAGGUAAACAAAAAGAAAGCGGGCGAAUGUUGUUAAUUUGUGAUUCAUUUUGGCGAUUUCUUACUAAUUUGAUAAUGAGUCAAAUUCGACGUACUUUAGUGACUGUAGAUCAGUUUGUUAAUCCCAAAACUAAAUCAUGUGAAACAGGAAAAGCCAUGACAACAAACAGUGGCACUCCAGCUAUGGUCCUCCACAACAUCCCGCACUACCAGCAGCGGUUCCACUGGGACUGCGGAGUGACGUGCGUGCUCAUGCUCCUGGAGAAUAAUGACCGACAACAACUGCUCGACAACUUCGCGGAGAUCUGCAGAGAAGAGGGCUUCGGCCAGUCCACGUGGACUAUUGAUCUGUGUUAUUUGUUAAAGAGAUUUGGAGUCCCUCAUACCAUGUACACCACGAUGGUGGGCGUCAAUGAAGACCACAAGAAACAGAACUACUACAGCAAAAUCAUCACAUUGGACCGUGAACGCGUCCAAAGGCGUUUCGCACAAGCUUCUGCAAAUGGCAUUAAGGUGGUUCCGAGGGGAGUCUCACAGGACGAACUGUUGCAGCACCUGCAGCGAGGACCCGCCAUCUUGUUGGUGGACGCGGGGCUGCUGAGUUGUGAUCUCUGCAAGCAUAAUAAGAUGCGCUUUGAAUUCAGGCGUUGGUUCGGCGGCGGCUACCGCGGCCACUACAUCGUGUGCGUGGGCGCGCGCGGGCCGCUGCUGCUGUACCGCGACCCGGCGCGCCGCCCCGCGGGGGGCCCCGCCGGGGGGAGCCUCCCCGCGGGGAGCCCCCCCGGGGGGAGCCUCCCCGCGGGCAGCCUCCCCGGGGGGAGCCCCGCGUGCGGCGCCCGCGCGGCGCGCCUGCUGGCGGCGCACGCGGCCAGCGGCACCGACAGGGACGCUAUACUUAUACACAGGGAUUACCGGUGAUACUUUAUAGAACAUCCAUGGGAUUUGGAGCAGAAGCUUUAAUCCCUCAGAAGAUAGCGAUGUUACCGGCCAAGGAACGAGAUAAAUGGUCGCACCGCUAGCAUUAAAGUUAUUGUUGUGUGCGUUAAUUAAUAUGACAAUAAACAUUUUUAUUGUAUCAGAAAUAUGACAUUUUCACAUAUUAUAAUAAUAAUUCAUUAUGUAUACAAAUAUAUGUGACUGAGUGAAUAUCCAUCACUCCCAGUGUUGACACCUAAAAAGUUCAUUAAAUGGUUAUUAUUUAUGAUGCUCCAUACUUUGCUUUCAUCACACCUCAAUGUGAACCGAAUUUAUAUUAAACUGUUUUUUUUUAUUUUUUACUUGGCUGUGAUUUCAAUGUUGUUGUGUUUUGAAAUUAUUUAUUUUAAACAAAUUGUGGUAUAAUAGUUUGUU